AUGUCAACCUCAACAGCCGAAAAGGCGGACCCAGACCACCCGCAGCCACCAUUCCAACUCAUCAAGCAAGUCGAAAAGAACAUCUGGAUCACCCGCCGCAAUGCCCAGCACGCAGGCUACGCCGACGGCGAAGAAUUCAUCGCGCGCAAAGUAGAUGACUUUGACGCAUACUACGACGCCGGGAAAUACUCCAUGAGCUUCACCACCACGAAACAGCGCCAGAUCAAGGGCCUCAUGGACCUCCUCUACACGCACAACAUGGGCCGCACCGUCUCCCACAUCCUCAACCACGAGAACCUCAUCUCCCUCGCGGGAUACCUCCGCCAACAACCCGUCGACCCGCGCUCCCAACAGCAGGCCACGGAGGAUUACUUGGUCUGGGAUAUCUGCGACGCCGGCACGCUUGAGAUUCUCUUUGCGGACCACCGGCAGGCGGAGCACGAGCCGGGGUGUUUCCUGCCCGAGUCGCUCUGCUGGCACGUUCUUACCUCUGUGAUGCGCACGCUUGUUUGGCUGCAUGAUGGGUAUCGGCAGGAGGUGGACUGGACUACGGGGGAGAAGUCGUGGGCGCAGACGGAUACGGAGUGGAUGCCCAUCUUGCACCGCGGUAUCGAUGCGCAGUCCAUUUUCUUCCAGCACUCGCGGGGGAAGGAGACCUACGGUGUGUGUAAGCUGGGCAAGUUUGGCACGGCGUUCGUAUCGGGGGUUCCGGCGCGGCGGGAGGGGGCGCAGGAGAGGGAGGAGCCGCUUCCGCACAGUGAUGGGUUUCCGGUUGCGCCGAAGACGGGGCAUAUGCGGUUGACGGAGAUGAGGGGGCAGUGGAAGGAGUAUUUGAAUACGGGGAGGAAGAACAGACGCCUCUACACGCUCAGCGACGAACACUGGGCCCUCGGCGCCGUCCUCUUCCGCAUGAUGACCGGCCGGUUCCUGCCCAGCCUCGACGGGUGCCAGACGUGCCAGUGCAUCCAUAUCCGGCGGUGCACGAAGAUGGGCUGCGUCUACGAUACCGAGACGCACAAGGGCAGCCGCGGGUGCUUGCACGAGAAUUUCCCGGGUUGUCGGUGCGUUGUGUCCUCCGGAUCUGGGACGGGGUCAGGCCCACCGGGUUCCGGUCCGGCAUGCGGUGGGGCCGCUGCGGAUGUUCAUGUUGACGAGGUGCUGCAUCGGUUGGGGUACUCGCAGAACCUGAAGCUUGCGGUGCGGAUGUUGUUGGAGUAUGACCUCGAGACGCCGGCGGUGGAGACCAAGGGGUUGGCGGAUGAGAUGGAGAGAUUGUAUAAGGAGUGGAGGUGUGGGACGGAGGAGGGGAGGGAGUAUGUUGAUGUGUUGGAUGAUCUUGGGUACCGGUUCAUGGUGUUGAACAAGGUUGGUGAUGAGAUCAAGGACUAG